AAGGAAAGUCUCACCACAACAAGUUUCUAGACUCUAGUCUCUCUCACACCUUCCUUCGUCCGAAGAUUACACAUCUUCCACUCUGUGUCGGUCCACCCCAUUCCGUGUGUAGAGUGUAGAGACCACGACAUGGCAAGGUCCUUCUCCCAGACCCUGACCCUGACCCUGACCACCCUCCCCCGCCACCGCUCCCCCAAAUCUCGCCUCCUCACUCUCCGAACUCAAUCCAGCCAAUCCUCCAAGCCCCACCAACUGGCCGACCUCGCCGACCUCACCGACUCUUCUUCUGAUCCCCUUGUCCGCCAGCUGGAGGACGCCAUCCACCGCAUCAUCGUCCGCCGCUCCGCACCGGACUGGCUCCCCUUCCUCCCGGGCGCCUCCUACUGGGUGCCACCGCGCCCGCGCUCCUGCUCCCACGGCCUCGCCCACUUGGUCCAUCAGUUGGCCAAUCCCUUGACCCAGGAGGAGUCCAUGGCCACCACCUCCGACCGUGGCUGGCCUUCUUCCGCCUACUUCAUCAAUGGUGCAUUUCCACAGCCAGUGGAAGCAGAGCCAAUUCCAAAUAAUGUGUCUCAAUCUGAGGAUGAGGAAGGAUGAACCAUCUUUUAUACUGGCAUCUAGGCUCAUCCGGACGUGUAAAUUCAGUGUUGAAAAGGGAUAAAAGAUUGCAGAAAAUGAAUUGAGAGAGACCUUUUCGCCAAUGGCAGGAGCUGUACAGAUGCAACCUGUUUAGUAAGGCUCGCGAAUAAUUUCAUACCAAAAUUUCAGUAGCUGAUAAUUCUGACAAUGUAAAUGCUGUGUUAAAGUCAAUAAUUGAGCCUGCAAUUGAAUGUUAUAUGUAUCA